AUGGCGCCUCGAGGUCCCACAUCCGCUUUCGAAAGCGAAACAUUUGGACAAGAUGCCUCCUUCCGACUCGAGCAGCCGGUGGGCUCCAUGACCAUUUCACCAAGUGGCCGUGACGUAGCAUUGGCCUCCAAAGAAGGACUGCACAUCAUCGAUCUAGACUCGCCAUAUUCCCUGCCUCGCUACCUCCCCCACAGGACUCCGUGGGAAGUGGCUGAUGUACAGUGGUCUCCUUUCGCCGUUCGAGACUAUUGGGUCAUCAGUACGUCAAACCAAAAGGCACUAGUCUGGAAUCUCGAGGCUCGAUCGUGGCUCGAUUCGAUCGAGUUUGUCCUCCACGGUCAUACAAGAGCGAUCACCGACAUCAACUUUUCGGCGCACAAUCCCGAUGUGCUCGCCACUUGUGCUGUGGACGGUUUCGUGCACUGCUGGGAUCUGAGAGCACCACUAAGGCCAGUGAACUCGUUUUCUGACUGGUUUGCUGGCGCAACCCAAGUGAAGUGGAGUCGACAGGACGAACACGUCAUUGCCAGCUCGCACGACAAGUUCCUUCACAUCUGGGACGAUAGGAAUGGCGCAUACCCUGUGAGAACGAUCGAAGCGCACGGGGCGAAGAUCUCAGGGGUUGACUGGAACAGACACAAUCCAGACAAGAUUGUCACCUGCUCUCUCGACAAAACCAUCAAAUUUUGGGACCUUGCCUACCAAGAGGACAUGCCGGAGCGCAUAAUUGAGACUUCGUUCCCUGUCCGGAGAGCGCGUCACACCCCUUUUGGCUGGGGCUUGCUCGUUAUGCCCCAGCGCGGUAACGGCGACUUGCAUCUUUACGAUCGUCGCGCCAUUAAUGGAGUGCUUGAAAGUGGACUGAUUCAACCAGUCGCAACAUUUGCAGGCCACGAAGGACAAAUUAAGGAGUUUCUGUGGCGCUCACGAGGUACCAUAGUGGACGCUGUGGACAACCGAGAUUUUCAGUUGGUAUCUUGGGGCACAGACCGAGAACUGAGACUCCACGCUUUGGAUCCCAGCAUAUACGCUGAUAUUGGCUACGAGAAGGGAGUCUCCAAGGUCCAAAGGCUCAAUUUCACGCGUAGAGGUGCAGUCUACAGGUCGUUUCGAGAUGAGCCAGGAGAUGCCGAUUCCCCGCUGGAACAAGUCCCUCGUGGCGACAUGUUUCCUCGCCCGAGCCAGGUCAUGCAGUUACGACAUCGAGCAAGCAAUGCCGCAGGCAUGAGUAAAGUGCCCGUAUCGCAAUUUCGAAGCUGGGUGCAAGGGCGUCAGACUCGCCGGUUAGGCAUGCACGGCCGCGGUAACAACAGGCAGAGUGCAGACCCCAUUGCAUGGCUGAAAAAUGUCAAAAUAUCCUCCUGGGAUGCCGACACCCUCGCGGAAGAGAUCCGGCAAGUCGGAGAGAAGUUCAAAAAGGUGGAUUUUGAGGUGGUUGACAUCUCUCGUCGCAAGGCAGUCAUGUCAUUACAGGCUCCUUGGGGGGAGGAGCAAAGCCAGGUCUACCUCCGAAUAGAGAUGCGAUUUCCGAAACUAUACCCGCGGAAUGCCAAUGCCAUCCUCACCUUACAGAAGUCUGGCUUUAUCGACGACGAUACGCACAAGCUCAUCACAACCGAGCUAAACACCAUCUCGGAAACGUAUGCAUCAAGGAAACGCGGCUGUCUCGAAGCGGUUCUACGAUAUUUACUGCGGGAGCAAAACCUUGAGCAGAUCAUAACCUGGGUGUUGGGAGAAUCUUUGACGGAAUCUAAAGUCCUGGAUACUGGUGCCAUCCCAGCGGAUGAUUCUAGCAGUGAUGACGACGAGCAGAUGGACGGCGUACGAGAUGGACUGGAUGCCUCGGCGAACAUCCUGGUACCACUGGCAAAAGGUUGCGGUGCCAUAUGGUCCGAGACGGGGAAGCUCGUCUGCUUUUUCCCGGCCAAAUCCAAAGAACCCGUCUCCCUACUGAGCACCCUUGGUGUCCGAGAUCUGGAAAACUCAGACUCAAGUGGCCUGUUCGAAGGGUUUGGACGCAUCCACACCAGCUCACCUGCUCGCAGAGCCGGCACAGGGACAGGGACAGGGACAAGGACUACCGACGAUGACUCGGAUUCCGACAUGUCAGACUCAUCAUGGCAGUCAUCCAGCAGCUCCUCGUCAUCAUUCGAGACGGAGCAAAAUGUUCGAGGGGUGUCCUCCUAUCCGGUGGGACAUUCGGGGUUGCAGCAACGCUCACGUUCGCCCGACAGAUCCAACAAUUCCACCACAGGCCUCAACAAGUUGAACGACACUCCACGUAAAAGUGCAGUGUCGAUCCACGAUUUUGGGGACCUUGUGCCCUCCAAGCGCGCAUUGGCUACUCAAUACAAGAUCUUCGGCGAUGGCCAACAGCUGUGCAAGCAUAAUGCAGCGGUUGCUCGUGAUAUGUGUCUCGAAGACCUAGCCUCGGUCUGGAUGUUACUCGGUCUCGUUCUGGACGAUGCCGUGCCAUUGGAGGUCAUCUCUGAUCUUAGCCAUACUGCAUUACAUGAUAUAUCUAUCCUCGCACGAGCUGCCACCAGAAAGCCGCCCCAAGGGUAUAAGUCUCCUGACCUAGUAGCGAACAGAGCGAUGGGAAGAACACGUUGGGGCAAUCAUCCGCUAGGCUCGGCAUACCUCUUGCCUGCCGUCUUCGACCACUUUGAGAGGCUGGGAGACAUCCAGAUGCUAGCCACGAUGUCUUGCGUCUUUGUCUCUGCCCUGAAGCGGGGCGCCAUACCUGGAGAUCAGGUUGCCGACCCAUGCGUUGGAUCCCACAUCAAUGGCUCUGUCGUGAGGUCCGAUUACUUCCCCUCGAAAGCUGUAGCCAAGGCUUUCCUUCAAAACGAAAUCGUCCCUGAAGACUACGUCCUUGUCGACUCAAUGAAUCCCUCAGCGAACCAGGGCAUACCUACCGUCGGAGAAGUUCACUCUUUGCAGAGCCAACGAAGGACGUACAACACCAAUGGUCGUCACAACAGCCAGCUCUCGUCGCGUGCACAUAGCUUUGUGGCUGACGAGUUGAGUGACCAUAACCCAGCCCUUUCGACGGCAGUUUCUGUGUCCACAUCCCCAGAAGGAAGCAGACUGGGUCACAGGCUCACCUCCAGUAUCGCAUAUUCCUCUGCCCGCGCCAGCCUCUCGGCGCUGACACAGUCAUACUCCAGUUCUCCGCCAAACCAUGGCUCCAGUUCAGGGGUUGCUUCGGGCUUCAAGAAGUACAGCCCCUCAGGUUCACUGGCGUCUGGCUGGGUGUCCUCGAACCUUUUUGGUGGGACCCAAAGUGGCAACAAACAGACGCGUACGUCCCUCCAAAGCAGCGAGGCGGCCAGCCAGGACAGUCGCGAGGCCAACGCACGGGCGCAGGUUCCACCUUCGCUCUUGCGAGCCUCUCGGAAGGAAAAUGUUCAACAGCAGGGAACGGGCCGUCGAGGCCUCAAGCCCGCCGCGGCGUCUAUAGCCCCGGGACCAGCCCGCCACAAACCGAUUUCUAGGAAGAAAAAGAUCAAGACUCACUUGUUCAACCAAGACAAAUUUGACCUCGACGGCCAUCCACUGUCGCCUUUGUUGGAUCCGGUGUUGGAGCAAAAAUGCAGCGGCUACCGCGCAAGCUAUGCGCACCUACUCGACGUUUGGCAUUUGCCGAUCAAGCGCGCCGAGAUUCUCAAGUUUGACAGUCUGCUGUCCGAACAUUUGAGCGCAACAAGCCAACACUCUGGUUCGACCGCCCAGCAACAAUCAGCGUCGUCAGGCGCUCAUCUCGAACGGCCCGCGCGACGGAAAACAUUGACAGCCGGGGCUCGAGCGCCGAGCCCCGGUCUGACCCUCCGCCGCUGCUGCCGCAACUGCGGACAGGCGCUGGCACCGAUCGAGAAGAACGGCGUCCCCAUUGGUUGGCAGUGCGUCAACCCUGCGUGCGGUCCAGCCGCCAAGGUCCCCGAACGGAGCACCUGCGCCGUGUGCAACAUUUCCAUAGACGGACUCGCAGUCCCCUGUCUGCAGUGCGGUCAUAUGACAUGCUACGACUGCGCGCAGGGCUGGUUUGGCGCUCAACGCAUCAAGACAGAGAGCAGCGCGGGAUCUAGGAGGUCAUCGGAAGAAGCAACGUCGCCAUCAGCAGCAAACGAUCGCAUCGAUAAGGUCGAUCAAGAGAUGACUGGGGCUAGGCAGAAUGAUAAGUACAGCGACAACACCGAUCUCGAAGACGAACACAACACAUGCCCCACGGGCUGCGGAUGUCUCUGUGUAUCCUUGACAGCCAUCCACGCACCCUAUCCACCGUCUUUAGUUCUGAACGCAGAAGAAAGUAGAAGCCAGCUCAAUACGCAGGCAAGAAUUCGGCAUCCUGGGCUGCUCCGCCGUGGCACCUCCGAUAUUCACCGUUCGUCGAGCGUCCUUGUCGCCGUGCCCGAGGACACGAGAGCGGACACGGCGCUAACCGCGUUCCUAGCCCUGACGCAAAGACAUCAGCGAUCCAAGUCUACAACGGCUCGGCCCCAGUCUCACUCCGGGCUUGAGGCACAACACCACCACGUCCAUACCGCCACCGGGAUCGGCGGAGAUGAAGAAGCAAUCCGCGACAACGGCGACGACGAGGGGCCCAACCCGCCCACAGGCGAGGAUGAUGAUGAUGCCCACCUGAAUCCCUGGGUCGGGAGCAAGAUAGCCACGCUGGGGCGCGGCAUUGGUGCCGGCCUGAGUCGCGGGCUCAGCUCCAAAGCCAGCGAUGCGACAAUUCGAAAGUCAAAGUGA